UCGGCGGGGGGCGGGGAUAUAGCGGAGCGCGGGGUUCAGCGCCGCUCAGUUCGGCGCCGCUCCGCUGCCGUCGCCAUGGAUUUGGGGCCGCUCAGGAAGGGCUACCGCGGGGACGAGGAGGCCUUCGAGGAGCGGCACCUGUCCUCCCGGCACCCCAUCGAGCAGUUCGCGGCCUGGUUCACGGAGGCGGCGCGGUGCCCGGCGGUGGGGGAGGCCAACGCCAUGUGCCUGGCCACGUGCAGCGGGGACGGGAGGCCGUCGGCCCGCAUGGUGCUGCUGAAGGGCUUCGGGUGCGACGGGUUUCGUUUCUUCACCAACUACGAGAGCCGCAAAGGGAGGGAGUUGGAUGCCAACCCCUUCGCUUCUGUUGUCUUCUAUUGGGAGCCCCUCCACCGACAGGUACGGAUUGAGGGCUCAGUGAAGCGGCUGUCAGAGGAGGAAUCGGAGCAGUACUUCCACUCCCGCCCUAAGGGCAGCCAGAUUGGGGCAGUCGUCAGCCGGCAGAGCACCGUCAUCCCGGACAGAGAGUAUCUGAGGAAGAAGAACGCGGAGUUGGAGGAGCAAUACCGGGACACGGCAGUGCCAAAGCCAUCUUACUGGGGAGGCUACAUCCUGCAGCCGGAGGUGAUGGAGUUCUGGCAGGGCCAAACCAACCGCCUGCACGACCGCAUCGUCUUUCGACGCCCCCGGGACGGCGCAGCCCCCCUGGGACAAAUGGCACAUCAGGGUGAGGACGGGUGGGUGUAUGAACGCCUUUCCCCAUGAAGCUGCAUGUUCCUGGCUGCGCUCACCUGGCUGGCAGUGUUUCCCUGUGCCAAAUCCCCCCCCCUGGGGAGCUGCAGCCUCGUUCUGCCCUUCCCUGGCGGUGCUGGGGGGGCUCAGUUCAGCCCCAGAGAACUCAGAUCCCGUUGUGCUCACAGCAGGCAGAGGCAGGUCGGUCCCACAGCCCCCCCCUGCUUCCCCCUGCCAGCGUGUGAGUAGCAAUUGCCCUUGGGGGCUGGUGUUAAUUAAUCACGUGAAUGACUGUGGAAGGGCACUGGUGAAUCCCCUGCCCUCACCCUGCCCUGCUGCUGGAACCAAUCACGCCUUGUGUUUUAGCUAGAAUCAUGCCUUUUGCUCGGUCUGUGCAAUAACUUCUUUAAUUGUGGCUCUGAUAUUGCUGGGAGCACUCUUGGCUGUGUGUGUGUGUGUGUGUGUGUGUGUCACCACCUGUGUGUUCCAUCUCCGUGGGGCUUUGGGACCCCGAUCCUCACCCCGUCUGUACCGGCACCACUCCCUGCCUGUACAUGGAAACAAUAAAGUCCCAUCGGAGCGGA